AUGGUCAGUUUUGAAUUGAAAUUUAACAUCUGGAGAUUUUCUUUUUGGUUUUUGUUUAUUAUUUUUUUUGAAAAUAAAAGUUUUACUUUCGAUUCAAGACUGAUAAAAUCGUUAACCCCACAUCCCCCCAAAAAAUCCUGGCUAAUUAAAUUUACUUUUUAUUUUCAAAGAAAACGUUCUUCACAAAGCUCUGAACUUGCAAAUAUGAGUGUUUGGCAGCAUUGUAUUUCAGUCUUUAUUGCUUUAUCUUUUGUUGUUUUUAUUUUAAUGUUUGCCUUUUUCUUUAGAGAUUAUGCUGUAAAUGGUUUCAAUUUCUUUUUAAUUUUUCUUGGUUCUAUAGCAAUUAAAAGUUGUGUUUAUGCUAUUUUGCAAUAUUUAUUGAAUGGUUAUGAUUAUGAAAUGUUUUCCUUACGACAGAUAUUCUUUUGUUUUAAUAAAAGAAGAGAAGAAAUAAAUAAUCAACAAAAUAUUCAAAAUUCAUCGAAUUCCCUUCAACAACAACAAAAUUCUUCCAAAAAAUCUUUUUUGGAUAGUCCAUCUAAAUUAUUUUCAACCCUCUCUUUCAUUUUUUCUUUGGGUAUUUGUCUCUACUGGUUUUAUAUUCGAAACACUUAUUAUGCAUUUUAUUUGUUAGAUUUUAUCAAUAUUACUAUUUGUAUUUAUGCAAUUAGAUUUAGCAGAAUUAGAAGUUUACGGUUAAUUACUUUCUUUUUACUUGCCUUUUUUGUCUAUGAUCUUUUUAUGGUUUUUGGAACACGUUUACUUACUUCAGAUGGAUGUUCUGUUAUGUUACAGGUAGUUACGGGUACUGAUUGUCAACCAACAAGAUUACCGGAAGGAGAAUUUCAACCAGUUGCUCCCAUUGAUAUAAAAACAAAAAUACCUGAAAAGGUAGAUUUAAAUAUUUUUUAA